AUUCGUUCACUCAUUCAAUGAUGGAGCGCUGGCAGAAUCGGGUUGCUGUCGUAACUGGCGCCAGUUCGGGCAUUGGUGCUGCUUGCGCCAAGCUACUGGUUGCGGCCGGUCUACAAGUUGUUGGCCUCGCCCGGCGCACCGACCGCCUCGAGCAGCUGCGUCAAUCACUGCCCGCUGAUCAGCAGAAGCGUUUCCAUCAGCACGCCUGCGAUGUUUCCGCGGAGGCGCAGGUAAACAGCGCCUUUGAGUGGAUCGAACAGAAGCUGGGCGGCAUCGAUGUGCUAAUUAACAAUGCGGGCAUCCUACGGGACGGCCACUUACUGGACAUGCCUGUCAAGGACAUCAGCGAUGUGCUGCAAACCAACCUAAUGGGCAGCAUCUACUGCACCAAACUGGCGGCAAACAGUAUGCGCCGCCGCCAGAUGGCCGGGCAUUUGUUUUUCAUCAACAGCACCGCUGGCCUUGCCGGUUAUAAUCCAGGACGGGAGGAUCCCAGUUUGAAUGUGUACACGCCCAGCAAGUUUGCAUUGACCGCCGUUCACGAGAUUUGCCGACAGGAACUAAUCACACAGAAACAAAAGAUCAAGACAACGAGCAUCAACCCUGGCUGGGUAUCUACUGAGAUAGUGCCCGACGAGACAAAAGCACAGCUUGGCGAUGUUAUCUUACAGGCAAACGAUGUAGCUCAAGCAGUAAUCUAUGCCCUCUCUACCCCGCCGCACGCCCAAGUCCAGGAGAUAACGCUUCGUGCAGUUGGAGAAUGGUACUGAUAAGCGAUGUGAAGUUCGCACGUGUUUGCAGUUGUUGCCAGUGUCGAUGUCUAUUGCUGGCAUUAGGGUUGUUCAAGCGAUGUUAUCAACACAUAAUAAUAAUCAAAUCAGCGCAACGACUCUCUCUUUCUCUCACUCUACCUAUCUAUCUCUAUCUAGCUAUCUCUGUCGCUCACUCUCUGUCUUUCUGUGUAUCUUGUCUGUAGUUUUCUGUUGUUUGGGCUUCAUUUCGAUUUUAUUAUAAUUGUAAUGAUUAUGGUCGCUGUUAUUAUCGCCCGUUACAGUGCAAGAACAACGCUAAAUAAAUAAUUCUGUUUUAUAAAGUAA